AUGAAACUUAUAGUUUGCAAUGAACUUCAAAGUAUAGAUACAACAAAAGUUUUGAACUCAGAUGCUUUGAAGAGUCUUAUAACAGAUAAAGUUGGAGUUGUUGAAAGAAAAUAUAAAGACCAAAGAGUUUGUGAAAAUGUUGCAAACUUCAUUAUGGUUUCAAACAAUGCUGUUCCGAUGAAGUUAGAAAGUUCUGACAGAAGAUAUGUAGUUGUCAGAACGUCAGAUUCUCAUAUGCAAGAUACAGAAUAUUUUGACGACUUAGCAGAAACUUUGACAUCUGACUUUUACAACCACUUGUUCUCAUAUUUUAUGACAUUAGAUAUUUCAAAGUUCAAUCCAAGACAAAUUCCACAUACCGAAGAGAGACAAACAUUGUUAGAAGCAAACAAGAGUGUAUAUGAACUGUUCAUAGAUGAAACUGACUUUGAGUGUUUAGAUGAAAGGUCAUUGUACGAUUCGUAUAAACAAUAUUGUCAAGAAUAUGGUUAUAUGACAGCGUCUAAACGAACAUUCUUGGCAAAUGUCAAAAGUCUUUUAGACGUACAGAAUGGUGUAUAUACAAAGAAAAAUUUUUAUGAGUAA